CCUUCCUUUCCCCUCCUUUAACCCUUUCACCUCUCUCUCUCUACACAAACACUCUCUCUCUCUCUCUCUCUCUCUCUCUUCAAUAAGCUCACUCAACUCCCAUGGCGAUGGCGAGGUCCCCUCCUCUUCCUCCUCCGCCGCCGCCGCCGCCGCUCCAAUAGCUCGGUCCAAACCCUAGACGUAGUGGUCGAGGUGGACUCCGGCGGGCACCGAACUGAACCCUAGUUGUCGAAAUGCGGAAGCAGUGCAUUUUGGCUUGAGGAUUGGGUUUCUGUUUAGACCUUGCUAGUCUUGGAAUUUUGCUUUCUGCUUUCAGGAUAAGUUUCGCAUUAGUGGGGGAAAUGGCGGCCGAAAUGGUGAAAACGGCGACAAGCGAUAAGCUAAAGGAGACCGAUUGGGCAAAGAACAUUGAAAUAUGUGAACUUGUUGCGCGCGAUCCGGGGCAAGCCAAAGAUGUCAUCAAGUCCAUUAAGAAACGACUAGGGAGCAAGAACCCAAAUGUACAACUUUUUGCUGUAAUGUUGUUAGAAAUGCUUAUGAAUAACUGCGGAGAGAACACCCACAGACUGGUGAUUGAUAGAGGGCUUCUUCCCAUUCUUGUGAAGAUAGUGAAGAAAAAGACGGAUAACCCAGUACGCGAAAGAAUAUUUCUUCUUCUCGAUGCCACUCAAACGGCCCUAGGUGGAGCUAAAGGGAAAUUCCCUCAAUACUAUGCUGCUUACUACGACUUGGUGUCUGCUCUUGUGCAAUUUCCUCAACGCCCUCGUGUUGCCAUACAAGAAUUACAGACUCCAACAGCCGAAGCUCCUCAAGAUUCUUUGCCUAGCCGAGGAAAUGACGGUGGAAAACAAACAAAUUCGCAGGCCAUGCCUGACUCGAGUAUAAUUCAGAAAGCUGCUAGUGUCUUGGAAGUUCUGAGGGAUGUGCUUAACUCCUUGGAUCCUAAACGCCCGGAGGGAGCAACAGAUGAGUUUGUGCUAGAUCUAGUAGAGCAAUGUUCAUUUCAAAAGCAACGAGUGAUGCAUCUGGUUAUGACAUCGCGGGAUGAGAAUAUUGUGACUCAAGCUAUCGACCUAAACGAACAGCUGCAUGAGGCACUGAUACAGCAUGAUGCACUCCUUUCGGUUCGUCCGACCUCUACCGUAGCUUCGUGCAUCAAUGAUGAACAGGAGGAUGAACAGGAGGAAGAAGAUGCCGAACGCCUUUAUCUCAGAUUAAGAAAAGGGAAAGCUUGCGCGGAAGACUGCUCCGACGAUUCUAUCGAGUCGUACAAAUCCGUACCCGAGGAAAUGAUGCGCCGGCCCCUUAUUCGCCCCUUAAUCAUACAACCACCCGAUCCUGAGAACCAGCCUAGGGGGGUAAACAUCAGUCCGUCAGACCCCGAAACCAAACGGCAGACAGCCGCAGUCUCCAUACCCCCGCCGCCCGCCAAGCACGUCGAGAGGGAGCGCUUCUUCCAGGAGAAGAGGGUCGACGGCUCAGGCUUGUCGUUGCACAGCCGGAACGGCAGCAGCUCGCAGAGCGGCAGCACCGAUUUCAGUGAUUGAGACACUAUUUGUUAUCUGAAUACAUAGAAACCUGUUUCUUCUGAUAUUCUUAUAUUUAUUUAUUGUAGCUUAAAUAUUUAUAUACCUUUUGUCUCACUUCUUUUCAUUAACCUUGCGGGUUAAUUACUUGAAGUGCAUGGGUUUGGAUUUUUUUUCUUUUUCUUUUUUCCUUUUUUUUUUUUAAUGUGAUUUGUGCAGCUGAGAUACAGUGGUCUGUUGUUUGAGCUUAGAGAUGUAGAUUGAUGAUGGGUUGGUGCAUUAUAACUUAUAAGAAGUUUUUUUUUUUUCUUUUUUA